AUGAUUGAUGGAAGGUCUUACGUUGUGCAACAAGGGAUGGCUGGCGGAAAGACCACGCGCUUCGGUCCGGCUGCCGCAAUCGUGGCAACGUCGGUAUUGAGAAAAUUGCCAAUUUUCAUCUUUCCAAAUUCCAUCAUCAAUCAGAACAUUUUGCAACUGCAACAGUGGCUUUUUGACUUUUUCGGCAAAAGGGUUUUUGAAUUCAAAGCAGAACGAUCUCCUUACGGGUACAGCGAACAGUAUUUGCGAUAUCUGUACUAUCGCCUUACAAUGGCCCAUGAUCGCGGCGAUGUGUUUGUGUCUUCGAUGAACAGCAUCCAAUGCCUGCUGAAUGCUAGGAAGGAACUGUUUUUGCAAAACACGAAGACGUCAAAGAGAUCUCUUGCUUGGAUUUUGAGGAUCUUGCACUUCAUUGAGCACUAUUCGAUAUUUGUGCUCGACGAAGCGGAUGAAAUCAUGGAUGCUUUUAUUCUGUACAACUUUGACACAAACGAGCACGAUGAAAAAGACUCGAAGAUAAUUGAUGUGCUCAUUGAGUGUUUUCUGUUUUUGAGAACCGAAAGGAUAUUCCGAUCGAAAACUGGAGCCCCGAUCACAAUUUUUGAGAUCAAGGAACCUCUUAUGCCAUCUACUGCUGGGCCUUUCA